AUGCGUGUUUUCAUACGUUGUUCUGCUUGCUCUCGUUCUACAACCAUUUGGAGUUUAUGGUAUCAUCGUCUUCAUCUCUGUGAUGGAACCGCUUCAAUUACUGCAACAACGAAAUCUCCGGUACCCUGGUCCGAUCUACCUUCUGAACUUUGGGAGCUCAUCGGAAAUCGGCUUGAAACCGAGAUUGACAUCAUCCGAUUCCGAAGUGUUUGUACUUUAUGGCGACAAGAAGUUUCUCUUCCUUUUUUCUACUACGAUUAUUCCUCUAUUUUCACACCCCACCGUAAGACAAUCUUUCAUCUCAUUCCCAUCCGUCGUCGUCGAACUUACUUCAGUAGCAGCAGCAAUAAGCAGAGUAAGUUGCAUUUUACGAAACUGUUUUCAAGUCGGUUGAUGUACGACAACGAAGCCCGUGGGAAAGAAUCGGAACUAAACUUGCUCAAUUUUCGAAUCAACAAAGUAGCUGAAUCUUAUACGAUUAAAUACAUUCCUAGAAUCCGUAAGAUCAUAGUUUCUCCUAAUUUUCCCGGUAUUAUUACGCUGGUUUGCCCAGGCGGAAAAUUAGGAUUUACAAAACAGGAAGGUAAUGAUGCAUGGCUGAACAUAACCUUUAUUGGUGAAAACUAUUACGAGGAUUUAAUCGAACACAAGAAGAAGAUUUAUGCAAUUACUCGAUUGGGAGAGAUUUUCAAGAUCAUUGAUUCGAGUAUGGAACUGAUAAAAUUACGUGUUCCGCCGUGUGGUAAUGGAACACCGUGUGGUAAUGGGGAUCAGAAACAUCUGGUGGAGUGCGGCGGGGAGAUUUAUGUGGUGAAUCGAUUGGUGGAUUAUAGUUUACGAGUGAUUAAUUUUGAAGUUUAUAGGUUGGAUGAAGAAGAGAGAAGAUGGGUUUAUGUGGAUAAUUUGGGGAAUUAUUCGUUUGUUUUGAGGAAAGAUUGUUCAUUCUGUGUUGAUGAAGGAGUUAAAAGGAAUUGUAUUUACUUUAAUAGGAUUCAAGAUUGGCGGGGGACUUCCUCUAUUGAUGCUCUAUUUGAUCUUAAAGAUAGAAAGUUUAUCAAAUUGGUAUAA